AAAGGGCAAGCAGGGUUCUGGAUUGGCCGCCUCAUAGGUACCCAUGUUGCCCGGGUCAUAGCUCCUGCCAAAGCAAAAGCUGAGAACAUUUGAACCCCACCCCCCAAUUCGGGCUUUGGCACCAGGAUUGGAACGAUACCGGAACGAUACGAUUGACAACCUGUUCCUCACAAGGAAAUCCCCCCCAACCUCCAGAGCCGUUCAAGAUGGAUUCACUCAUCGACCUGUCCGAUGCGUCUAAGGCGCUGGAUCUCUCGCGCAUCCGAUACCAACUGAUUCGGCUGGAGGAUACCAUCACCUUCCAUCUGAUCGAGCGCGUCCAAUUCCCGCUGAACGAGAACAUCUACAUUCCUGGCGCCGUGCCAAUCCCAAACAGCGACCUUAGUUUCAUGGACUGGUACCUCCUGGAGCAGGAAAAGCUGCAAUCUCUCAUUCGACGCUACGAGUCGCCGGACGAGUAUCCGUUCUUCCUCGAGCAACUUCAAAAGCCUAUAUUAGAUCCCCUGGAUUACCCCAGGAUCCUCCACAAGAACACCGUCAACGUCAACGACAAGAUCAAGAAGUUCUAUACGCAGCAGUUCCUCCCGGCAGUCUGCCCGGAUUUUGGUGGCAGGGGGGAUCGUGGGGUCUCGCAGGAGAACUAUGGAUCGUCGGCAACAUGUGAUAUCGCAUGCCUACAGGCCUUGUCAAGGAGGAUACACUUUGGCAAGUUCGUGGCCGAGUCGAAAUUUCUGUCGGAAACGGAGAAAUUCACCAGGUUGAUCAAGGCUGGUGAUCGGGAUGGGAUCGGCGAGGCGAUCACGAACGCGGCCGUCGAAAAGACCGUGCUGGAGAGGCUCAAGCUUAAGGCACAAACAUACGGCACCGACCCGUCCUUUGGGGUGGAUGCUGGUGAUCAGGCCAAGAUAAACGUGGAAGCCGUCGUAUCCAUGUACAGAGACUUUGUCAUUCCCUUGACUAAGGAAGUCGAGGUCGAGUAUCUGAUGCAACGGCUAGAAUAGCCUUGAGACCC